AGUGAAGUGAGAAACUAUUGAUCCAUCAUCAUUUGAAUGAAUUUGGAUUGUAUAUUUUACAGCGCAAUGUUCGAAGCAGACGUUUUUUAGAGCCUUGAGUCGUUGUGUAAUCAUGUUAGUAGUGUAGACAUUUUGAAAUCAUAUCCUUGAUCUGAUCGUGCAUUUUAUGGGUAUAAAUGGGUGCUUUGUUGAUGAAUCACAACAAAUGGUAAAAUUAGGUAAGAGGAGUUGGAAGACGCACUUUUUGAAACCAUUAUCAUGGACUCCAAAUAGUAAAACAAAACGAGCAAAUACCUGUUGGGUGCAACUGUCUGGUCAUCAAGGGAGCCUAAUAUCUAAUGGUAAAGGAAGCGUUUUAAAACGUUACUGUCAAAAUGAAGCCCAAUGUUUACUACAACUCCAGCUAGAUAUACUCAGAUCGUUUGUCCCUAAAUAUCAAGGCGAGAAGCUGCUCGAUGGUGAACGUUACGUAAAAAUGCAGGAUUUGCUGUACAGUUUUGAAUCACCAUCAAUAAUGGACUGCAAGAUUGGACAACGUACUUUUUCAGAAAGUGAAGUCAUUGAAGAUUCUUCAGAAAAUAUUCGAAAAGAUCUCUACUUGAAAAUGAUGUCUACUUCACCUAACGCACCGACUGAAAGAGAACAUCAUGAAAAAGGUGUUUCAAAACUACGCUAUUUGCAGUGGCGCGAUACAAUUAGCUCCACGGCUGAGUAUGGUUUUCGCAUUGAAGCAAUCAAGACCUCUGGUGAAUCCACUCGAAAAGAUUUUCAACACACUCAUACAUGGAAUGAAAUAAUAAAUCACUUUAAAUUAUUCAUACAGCACCGUAAAAUAAUUGCUCAAAACUAUUUAAUCCGAUUAUUAAAGUUGAGAACUAUAUUGGAAGUUUCCGAUUUCUUUGCUAAACAUGAGUUUAUCGGCUCUUCAUUAUUAUUUGUUCAUGAUCAAUCAGGCUAUGCUAAUAUCUGGUUAAUUGAUUUCGCUAAAAUAGCCAGUCCAUUGAACAAUCAAAUUCGUGUAAAUCAUCGUUCUGUAUGGAAAUCUGGCAAUUAUGAAGAUGGUUAUUUAAUUGGAAUUGAUAAUUUAGUGAAAUUAUUUGAAGAAAUUAUUCAUGAAUGCCAGUAGUUGAAGAUCUCAUAGAUUAUUCCCUUUUGUUUUUCCGUUUCUAUGUCUUUGCUAGUGUUUAUAUAUCGGAAGAACAUUACGAUCUAUAUCCGGUUUAUUACACGAUAUCCACAUUUCCCAUUUUUUACGUCGACUUCGUAGAAUUAAUUGAUCUUUCCAUAGAACAACUAUCGUGUUAUGCAUUGACUCAAUAAUAGUGAGUUUUUCCAUUUUGUGUUGGUUUAUUACUCCAUUAUCGUAUUCACAACUCCCACCACCUUUUGAUCGCAACAGUACAUUACAAAAUAAAUUCAAAUAACAGAUCACUUGAAAGCAACAUCUAUUUGUUUUUUUACGUUUUCAUGUUUUUUCUUAAAUUGAUUUACUUGAGAAUCAAAAUUGUUUUCACAAUGUAUGUAAAACAGUCUUAAUAUCUUUUUUUACUUGUGAUUUAGACAUAUUUUUGAUAAAUGAAAUAGUUUUUUGUUCAAAUGUUUUCAUCAUCAAAUGUAUUUCGCCACAUCUAUUUUUUUCUACAAUUAUUUUUGUUUCUUUGACAUAGUACUAAUAUUCUCAAUAUUGAUUUGCUAUUGUAACAUAAGUGUACCGAUUUCAAACACAUUCCAACAUUGCCAAUUUGUAUAAUUAUAAAACGUUGAAUGUUUCAUAUUUUUUCUUCUGACUUAUGUGUGUUAAUUAUAAGUAACCUGUGCUGUGUGAAGGAUAUUUCGACUGCUAUUUGACUUCAUGACAUAGUAACCGGGAUUAUUGAUCUCGCCAGUUUAGUGCAGUUCUUUCACACAAACCAUUAC